UUUUACUGAGUGUGUUUAUAGGACUAAAGGGAACAGCGGUGUAAAUGUCCUUCCUGAUGUGUUAUUAGAACUCUGUACAACUUCAGACUGAUGUCUCAUGUGAAAGUCCUGAUGCAGAAUCUGUCUACAGGGAGCUAGAUAUGUGACAGCUGGAACUGCAGCUCUGCUCUUCAGAACUCCUUCAGUUUGUUCUGUGUGAUGUAACAAAGAUGGCUUCAGUGCAUCAGCGCCUCCACAUGGUCACACUGCACGGUGACCUGCUAAUCUUUCAGUGCAAGUAUCCCAGCUCAAGAGGCUCUGAGAUCAUUUUCUGGCGGAUGUCCUUCGCCCGAGACUCGGCCUCCUUCGUAAAUGUGGAUGAUAAAAUAACCCCUAUGUACGAAAACACCUCCAGAGCAGUCCGUAUUGUUCACUGCACUGCUGCCAUCAACGUGAAAACGAGGCAGAGAUCCCUGUGCGUUUUGCUGAGGCUUCACCGGAAGGCAUCUCAAGGGUUUAAGUACAUGCUUUACUCUUUAAACAACAGAACCAGUGCAAAACUACAUGUGGAAUUUUCAUUGCCUUAUGAGAUGGGCAAAGAUGUCUCAAUUCUCCAUGGACCCACUCUAGUGUGGAGUCACGAGGACAUGGUCUUCUACACGUCUGCAGAAACUGGUAGCGUGAAGGAAGUCCCAAUACGUCUGAAGGUCAAUUUUCUUGGCGAGUUGCCGCUUCCACAAAGACCAUUAGCAGUUCUUGGUUUGCAAAAGAUGACCGAGGAGGGAGUGGGAAAUGACGGGGAAGAUAAAACUGUUCUUUACUUCUUACACGAUGGAAGGACUUUUAGUGCUGAUUGUCUUUUACCCAGUGCCUACAGUCUGGUUGUUCGAUGUAUGCUGGUGGUUUCAGCCAAGGAAGUAGCUGGAUCUCUGAGAUCUACUGUAGUAGCUGCCACUUGUAGGAGACAGCUGGUUUGGUUUGAAAAUGGAUUUCCAGAAGAAGUGUGUCUUCUUCCGUAUGAAGAGCCCCGAAGCGUUCGGACCGUUCACACAGGAAGCGGCUGCCUCCUCGUUGUCGUUUUCGAGCACGGGAAUGUCUGUGCUGUGUGGAAAGAUACCUUCAAGGUGGCUGCGUGCUGGACAGACGUACGACUUUUACUCGUGGAUGAUUUUCUUCAUGCAGGGUUUGAGCAGAUGUUGCUGCUUUUUGAGGACAUCGACUCAGCAGACAGAAUCCUGGGGAAUUUCCUCCUCACAGAUCUCUGUGGCAUCAGUUACUCCUGUGGAAAGGCAGAGAGUGAAGAUGUAAAUCGGUGCGAGGCAGCAGAGGAAAACAUAACUUUGACAAUUCAAGCACUAGAGGCCAGACUCCAGAGCGGUUUGGCCUUCCUCCAGAACCUCCAGAGUGAUCUGCAUGUUAAAGAUCACGUCAUCCUGCAGUGUGUCUCUGCUCUCCAUGACCUUUUAUCAGACCAGAAGCACGUGGCAUCUCCUGCACUGCAGGAAGGACUGGUGUCUCUGUUGGACGAACAGAGCGAGGAGGACGAGUGCGCUCCAUAUGUGAGGAUGAAAACGAAUCCAGACGAGAGUCUUCUGAAAGUAGAGAGAGUUUGGCACAGAGUCAUUGGCCAGAGGCUUGUGUUUGGUGCACUUUUAUCUCUGACGAAUCAAAUGACGGAAUCUGAAAAUAUGAUUGCUGCCAUUAUAGCAACGCCCCCUAUGGUUCGGAGUGUGAAUAAAGUCAUUUGCUACCCUGAACCCCUGACGUCUGUGGCCCCUGGACCUCCCAAUGCUAAAAGAAGCAGGUUUCCUUGUGGUCCAGCUGUAAUUAUCAUCACAGAUCUGGCCCCGUUAUUCACUUCUGACCCAGUUAAUUGCUCUGUUCUGCUUUGCUUCUCUACCAGGGAAGCAGGUAGAACAUCUCAGCAUUGUGAAUUAGUACAUUUAGAUUUAAAAGGUGCACUGGAGGGUAAAUUUCAGCCACGGCUCUUUGAGGACUGCAGCAUUGACUCAGAUGAAUCCAGGGAGGAUCUGCUGAGUCUGAUGGUAGCGUUUGAGGCUUGGCAUUUUCACCUCAUAAGUACCGAUCACACCUUGGUGGACAUAUUGUGCUUUUUGGAGGAGAAAUUCAGAGCUAAAAGAAUAAAAAGUAGUCUUCAGUAUUUGCUGUGUUCCACUCAACUGUCCAGCACUAUGCUUUUCCACUGGAAACCCUGCAGCUCCUUCGAUGGAAUGCUGGAUGUCUAUUGUAGCGAUCAGCUGGGCUUGCUUCAUUUCCUGGAUAUUUUGUGCAAUUUCCUUCCUGUUUCUCAUUGUAUUAAACUUAAAAAAUCUGGGAAGGACAGAAUCAGAAGCCCCGCCCUCUCCAUGGAGCAUGAGAUUCGCACUACAAAAGAAGGCGUGGUCGCUCUAAUCCAUGGUGGUGUGGAAGAUCCCAGUAGUGAUCUCUUUGUUCAUAUUAGUCGUGAGCAGUGGUUAAAAGAACAGAGUGUUCAGCUCCCCCAAUUUGUAGAGAUAAAGCGUUAUCACCAGCUGGUGGAGAGAGCGAUUAACCUUAAGAUGGCGAGCGAUGUUGCCAUGCUUUUAGGGGCGGAGCUUAAUGAGUAUUAAUCCUCAGUAAAAGGCUAUACCGUUAAAAUGUGUGUAGGGCAGCAGACGAUGGGAGUCAGAAUAAAUGUCAUGCUUCACUUACACUUACACCACUGAUGUGCAUCACACCACCAUGUCACUUAUUACAUUUAAAUAUUCAUAACACCUUUGUCUUGUGAAAGUCCUUAAAUUGCAGGUUUUCCAACAAGUAAACCAUGGUUUUUCUCCUAUGCUUUGAAUUUUUUUUGUUUUUAUGAUGAUUAUUAUUAUUAUUAUUAUUAUUAUUAAUGAAUUAAUGCUGUUUAUUAUACUGUAUGUUUGCAAUAUGGCAAUUUGCCUUUUUUUUGCUAUAAGUAAAUGAAUGUGUAUGUUCUGGGCAUUUAAGUUGUAACAGAAGUGAGGUAUUUUGUUUGUGAGGUGAUUUACACACUCAACGUGAUC